AUGCGCGCGGUGGCCGAGGAGCAGGAGGCAUUGGAGGAGGUGCGCGACAAAGCUAUUGCCGCACAGGAGGAGGCCAGCCGCUUGGAGCAGGCAUCGCGGCGGCGGACCGCGGAGCUGCUUGCUCGGGAGCGGCUGGUCCGUGCUCGGGAAGAGGCGUUCGGCCAACGCGAGAAAUCUGUGGAGUCUGCCCGGGUAGACUUAGCCUACCGAAGCGAUGAGCUCGAGCGUAGUCACGCCGAAGUCCACCGUCAGGAGGAGGAGGUCGUGAUCCGCGAGACUGACGUUGAGAUCAUGGUGACGGCUCAAGACGCUCGGGAGGAGCAGAACACAAGGCGCGAAGCGGAGGCCGCCUCGACGUCGGUGACCCUUACUGCUCGGGAGGAGCAGGCCACCAAAUGGGAGGUCGAGCUGGCCGCCCGAGAGCGAGCCCUUGCUGCCUUAGCCGAGCAGUUGAACCGGGGACAAGCUAAAGCCCUGGCCACCAGCGGUGUCCCGACCAGCGCAGCCACGAGGGGAGUGGUCGAGGCUGAGGAAAUGGCAGCCCGGGAAGCUGUCCAGGACGUCGCCGUCGAGGUGGCGGCGUGCUUCAUGCGGGAGCCACCGCCAGAACUGAGCAGCGGCAGCAGCAGCGAAGCCUCCUCGCUGCCUUCAGAGCCUGCUGACUUAGAUUAG